UCACCGUGUCAUGUCGACGGGCGGCGUGCGCCAUCUUGAAGCGAAACCAAAUCACGGGCAGAUCCCGCGCGCCUCCGCUCGCUCUCAAUCCGCGCUCGUUCACACCGACCGCCCGGCUGAGCUCGAGGAUAAACCGCAUUGAAGGCUCCAGGCACAGGCACAGGCGAUGAUGGCAGGGGUUGGUGGAGGCAAUGAUUUCCAGUGGUGCUUCUCCCAGGUCAAAGGAGCCAUAGAUGAAGAUGUUGCAGAAGCGGACAUUAUCUCAACUGUUGAAUUUAACUAUUCGGGGGAGUUAUUAGCCACAGGAGACAAAGGGGGAAGAGUCGUCAUAUUUCAGCGAGAACAGGAGAGUAAAAACCGGCUGCUCUCAAGAGGGGAAUACAACGUGUACAGCACCUUUCAGAGUCACGAGCCUGAGUUUGAUUACUUGAAAAGUUUAGAAAUCGAGGAGAAGAUCAAUAAAAUCAGAUGGCUCCCGCAACAAAACGCUGCACACUUUCUCCUGUCUGCAAACGACAAAACCAUCAAACUAUGGAAGAUCAGCGAAAGGGACAAACGAGCAGAAGGAUACAACCUUAAAGAUGAAGACGGAAGACUGCGAGAUCAGUUUCGGAUCACAACACUACGGGUUCCUGUGCUGAUGCCGAUGGAUUUGAUGGUGGAAGCAAGCCCGCGCAGAAUAUUUGCGAACGCACAUACAUAUCACAUCAAUUCCAUUUCUGUAAAUAGUGAUUAUGAAACAUACCUUUCUGCAGACGACCUCAGAAUAAACCUCUGGCAUUUAGAAAUCACAGAUAGAAGUUUUAACAUUGUAGAUAUAAAACCAGCCAAUAUGGAGGAGCUGACGGAGGUGAUAACGGCGGCCGAGUGUCACCCACACCAGUGUAACGUCUUUGUGUACAGCAGUAGUAAAGGAACCAUCCGCUUGUGUGACAUGAGGGCCGCCGCGCUCUGCGAUAGACAUAGCAAAUUUUUUGAGGAGCCAGAAGAUCCCAGCAGCCGGUCGUUCUUCUCAGAAAUCAUUUCCUCCAUAUCUGACGUCAAGUUCAGCCACAGCGGUCGAUACAUGAUGACCCGCGAUUACCUCUCCGUUAAGGUUUGGGACCUGAAUAUGGAGAACCGGCCCGUAGAGACCUACCAGGUACAUGAGUACCUACGAAGCAAGUUGUGCUCGCUCUACGAGAAUGACUGCAUUUUCGACAAGUUUGAGUGCUGUUGGAACGGUUCAGACAGUGCCAUUAUGACGGGUUCCUACAACAACUUCUUUAGGAUGUUUGACAGGAACACGCGCAGGGACAUCACACUGGAGGCGUCGAGGGAGAACAGUAAACCCCGUGCCAUGCUCAAACCACGCAAGGUCUGCACAGGCGGCAAACGGAAGAAAGACGAAAUCAGCGUGGACAGCCUGGACUUCAACAAGAAGAUCCUACACACCGCCUGGCACCCGAAAGAGAACGUGAUAGCUGUGGCCGCCACCAACAACCUGUAUAUAUUCCAGGACAAAAUUAAUUAAAAAAGAGAGAGAGAGAGAGUGAUCUAAAAACCAAGAAGAAACAAAAAUAAAGAAAAAGAAACAUCCCCUCCUCCCCAUUUCCCCCCUGCGCAGGUCGGAGGAUGCUCAAGAAUUCUCAUACUUUGCAAUGAUAAGCCUAGUCGUUAAAUCUGUAAGAGAAAUAUGGCCCUGUUGUUGACCCAACAAAGAAGUUAAGCACUUGUUUUUCACACCAGGAAGCUGAGAGACAGACCUUAUAUAUUAGAAAAAAAUUAAUUAAAAAACUCUUUAGGAGGGCGUCAAUAAUUCACGACGACCCCAAACUAAAACAUAAAAUCUAAAUCAAGGAAGAAGGCCGAUAUCAACUUACCUUCCAGUAACGGAACCAAUACCAAUCAGCAUUAAGAGGCUUGAUCUACUUUGCUAAAGUCGUACAUGUAUUCGUCUUUCGUCUGAGCCUUACGUUUUUAUGAUUUGACGACCAAAAGUACGGAAACGCACCAGAAUGGGUAACGUCUCGCUGUCAAUCGUAUGUACUCACUGUUCGAAAUCCAGGCCUUCAUGAGCGUUUAUUUAAUGCCUGUUAACAUUCCUUCCCCUUGCCUGACUCUCAGGCCUUCAAGUUCUACCUUUUAAGCACUUAAAACAGGUCUCCAUUUUGGUCAGUGCACAGUUUUGUUUGUUUCUUCCCCAUUUCUCUCGGAUUUUAUUUUAUACAACGUUUUUUUUUUUUUUUUUUUUUUUUUUUUCUCAUGCAUAAUAAUAUCUACUCACUGACUGUAUCUAUAUAUUACACCAUCUGGUGUCAAACCACUUAAUAAAAGUAACAUAACAUUACAAAGAGAAAGCGUUUUUACAUUAUGAGCAGGUAUGUAUGAUUUUUUUUUUUUUACGUUCUAUAUUUGCAUGUAAUCUGCAUAUGUAGAUCUGGAGCGCCAGUGGUUAGAAUGUGAAAUCAUCCUGCUGAACCCAAAUCUGCAGCAUUAUUGGGGAAUUCGACCCAAAAAAUUUAAAAUAGACAUUUGACGAAAAGAAAGUGGCCUGAUUUUUUUUAUUUUUUAUUAUUUGAACACAGCAAUUGCUUGUAUGUUGGACGAGUCUUAAAAAAAGACAGCAAACCAAAUGUAAUUCCCUCAUAAUGUUCUGGUUGGGAAGCAAAUCUCCUUAUUGUACUACUUGAAUUUGCAGUUGCACUGUUUGAUUGAGGACGUUGGCCAUGAUAAGCAUCAGUAUUGCCGUCUGUCUCGCGUAGAGUUUUCAUUUUGAGAUUACAUUUUUCGUUUUGACUUCGUAAAAGGGAUUCUUCCGCCUUAAGUCUGUCUGUAUGUCUGUCCUAUAGUAAUUCUCACCCAGUAACCUCCAGGACUAGAUCUCGACAUCCCAUCGCCGUCAUGCAUUGUUUUUUUAUUUUAUUUUAGCACUCCAUUUGUCCAUUCAUGUGCUCCUACGAUUUGUGCGGCUUAGUAUUUGGACACUAAUAUACGAUAUAUUGUACGGUCGGUGACGGCCAUCACAGAACACUCCAAUCGAAACCAAUGUGUUCAGUGCCUCUUGAGACAAGACUGGCUUUCCUCCAGUCAAUCAAAGUUAACAGAUCACAUCCUGAUGUUGAGAUACUCCUUGUGCUCAAUUCCUUGCACAGAAAAGAAUGGUAUGCCGUGUGGAAUUUGAUCUAAAAUGAUUUAUCUCACAUCAGAAUGCGGUUUAAAGAAACUGGUGACAACAUACAGUUUGUGUGCUGCUGAAUUUUGACAUGCGGCUGCAAAACUGAUGUCAAGAUGUCAAACGUAACUUAACGGUUGACAAGUACAAAGUUGUUCUAGCUGAUUGUGACGCUCUUUAAAUCUGGGAACUGAGAGGUCGGAUACGUACUCGCAGACCUUGUUCCUUGUUAAAUGAUGAGGAUGCUAACAUUGUGAAAGUGUACACUUGUUUGAUUAUUUUUGACCAAAGUUAAAUAAAAUUUUAAUUGUGUUUAUCUGAA